UGAUCCAUUCAGCAUAACAGGAAUCUGCCAGGUGGGUUCUAGAAGCUCCCUGUGGAUCCCUGCAGAAUACAGAUGCAUUUUAAUGUUUUUUUUUUUAGGGCAGUGACCUUAUUUGUAGCCUCUGUUGCCAGUCUGUCCCCUCAGUGUGGGGUAACUGAUGCCAGCAGAGCAGUUAGAGGUCCAAAAGCAGCAGGUUGCACACAAGGAAGCUGAGGCUGCACCACUUCUGUACCUUUAAUGUUACCUCUUGUUGUUGUAUAAACGAUUGCCGUUGCAAACUGGCUCCUGCUCUUUAUUUCUCUUAAGUAUUUUUACCUGUAUAUUUUAGGCCAGGGCUUGUUUAUGUUAUUAAGCUGAUUAAAGACUACAGAGGCAUGGUAAGAAUAGCAGGGCUUAUUCCUAUAACACUGGGAAGUACAAGUCACAAUGGGAGUAUUUAGGAUAUAGAGUAGAAAUUAUUACUGCCCAGACUAAUAGCUUUUAAAUGCCAAACUGCAGCUGGUAGCUGCCCCUGCUGUAAGAGUGAGCUGCUUGGUAGCUCAUGGAGAGAUGCAGCUGCACAUUUCUGUGUCAUCCCUUUUUAAGGGAAAAGCCUGGACAGAGUCACAUUGGAAGUCCAUGUUCGACACUUGCUGUCCUGGGGUGACAGAUGAUACAUUUUGUUCCGAGAUCUCAAAGGAAACUUCUCCUUUUUAGUUCUGGUUUAUAAUGCCAGAAAACCAAUAUAACUUGGGGAGUAUCUGGCAGAAAAAGUUAUUUCCCCUCAGUACUGAUUCAGUCUUAGCACCUGUGAAUUCAGCCUGAGCAAGGACUGAGGUGCCUCUCCUGAGCAGAUGUUUGGAUAUUCCACAUUUAAAAGCUGCCCAGGGAAGUGGUGCAGCUCAGACUUAAGCAUAGUAAAUAUUAAAGGCUAAAAACAAGCCCUCUCUCCUCACCCUGUAUGGCUGCUUAGUUACAUUUUAGCAUCAAUUUGCUGCUUCUGUUGCAUUCUCCCCCUUUUUAAGAGAAACAAGUUGUAAAUCACACUCUUUCCCUGUGCUCUCAGCUAGGCAGGAUCCUCGUGGUGACAGAACUAUCCAGCCAUUCCUGAAGCUGAUGGUCAUUCCCAUCCUGGCCCACUCAAGGUUUUCAGGAUGAAUCUGGAAAAACUCAGCAAACCAGAACUACUGACACUCUUUAGCAUUCUAGAGGGAGAAUUAGAAGCAAGAGAUCUUGUCAUAGAGGCCUUAAAGGCCCAGCACAGGGACACGUUCAUCGAGGAACGCUAUGGCAAGUACAACAUCAGUGACCCACUGAUGGCUUUGCAGAGGGAUUUUGAGACCCUGAAAGAGGGGAAUCAUGGUGAAAAACAACCAGUGUGCUCCAAUCCUUUAUCUAUUUUGAAAGUGGUGAUGAAACAUUGCAAGAACAUGCAGGAAAGAAUGUUGUCCCAACUGGCUGCUGCAGAAAGCAGACACAGAAAGGUGAUCCUGGACCUGGAGGAGGAGAGGCAGCGGCACGCCCAGGACACGGCCGAGGGGGACGAUGUCACCUACAUGCUGGAGAAGGAGCGGGAGCGGCUCACCCAGCAGGUGGAGUUUGAAAAAUCCCAAGUGAAAAAGUUUGAGAAAGAACAGAAGAAGCUGUCAAGCCAGCUGGAGGAGGAGAGGGCACGCCACAAGCAACUGUCUUCCAUGCUUGUAGUGGAGUGCAAGAAAGCCACUGCCAAAGCAGCUGAGGAGGGGCAGAAGACAGCAGAACUGAGCUUGAAAUUGGAAAAGGAGAAGAGUAAGGUGAGCAAGCUGGAAGAGGAGCUGGCAGCCAAGAGGAAGCGGGGUUUGCAGAUGGAAGCACAGGUGGAAAAGCAGCUCUCGGAGUUCGACAUUGAAAGGGAGCAGCUGAAAGCCAAGCUGAACAGAGAAGAAAACCGUACAAAAGCACUCAAAGAAGAGGUGGAAUGUCUGAAGAAAGCCCUGAAAGAGCUGGAGGCUUCUCAGCAGGAGCACAGUCCCUCUGAGCCUUUGCAGCCGAGCCCCUCGGUGAUGUCCAGAGGUGUCACAACCGACAGUCCCCCGGUGAAGUCUGUGUCUUGCCAGACCGAGUGUCUGCAGGCAGAGAGGGCAAACCCUGCCAGCACAAGCAAAGCUGUUCACAGCAUGUUUCCCAGCCCCUCUGCACCAGUUCACUCCUAUGCAAAAUCCAAUGGGCAUUGUGACCUGGAUGGGCAGGCAGGUGGGGAGCCCCUGCAGACACACCCUGCAGAGAGCCAGGUUCAGAGGGAGAGAUCUGCUGGUGCAGCCUCGGAAAGCGCGGUGGAGAACGGGAGUUCUCCCGUGAGAACGGAGUCACCGGUGCACCUGAUGUCCCAGCACCCUGCUGGGGGGGUCUCCCUGUCUCCCAGCAGCACAGCUGGGUCCUCCCUGACACCUUCUCCCUGCUCCUCACCGGUGCUGACCAAACGCUUGGUGGGAGCCUCGGCCAGCAGCCCUGGCUACCAGUCCUCCUACCAGGUGGGCAUCAACCAGCGCUUCCACGCAGCCAGGCACAAGUUCCAGUCCCAGGCAGAGCAGGACCAUCAGUCCAGUGGGCUGCAGAGCCCCCCCUCCCGGGACCUGUCCCCCACCCUGGCAGACAACUCAGCAGCCAAGCAGCUGGCCCGCAACACGGUCACUCAGGUGCUCUCCAGGUUCACCAGCCAGCAGGGCCCCAUCAAACCCGUCUCCCCCAACAGCUCCCCCUUUGGCACGGACUACCGAACCCUGGCCAGUGCUGGGAGCCCCAAAACCGAGGCUGGGCACUCCCCCAGCCCUGUCAAGGUGUCCAGCCCUCUCAGCCCGUUGUCUCCUGGGAUUAAGUCACCGACCAUUCCUAGAGCAGAGAGGGGGAACCCUCCGCCCAUCCCUCCGAAGAAGCCUGGCCUGGCUCAGUCCCCUGCUGCUCCUGCUCCUCUCACCAAAAGCCCUGCCCAGGCAUCCCCCCUGGGGGCCCCCAUGGACGUGGCAAGCAGCUGCUCCAACAACGCUGUCGUGUCGAAUGGCAAAGACCUGGAGAUCCUCCUGCCAACCAGCAGCUAGUCUCCAGAAACUGGGAAUGUGACAUUCCACGGCUCAGCACCCUGGAGCUAAGACACUGUUUUUUCCACUCCAUGUUAUUUAUUUCCAUAGUAGCAGAUUCUGUCUGUAUAAAGCAUUUAGUAUAUUUUUUUUCUCUUUUUUUUUUUUUCAAUAGGUAGGAAAAUAUUUUUGUUUAUGAAGAAACCUUAACUACAGCUAUACAGUAGCCUCCAAACGUCUCAUGGCAACAGUCAAAUCAUUAGAGAGAACCAUAAUCGUGUGGUGGGACCUGUCAACCUCUAAUGGGACUGAAAUGCUACUUUUAAAUUAUGCAGAAAAAGAUUUUUUUGCAGACUUUUUACUCCAGAUGAACAUUUUAUAAAAGUGCCUGAACUAAGCCUGCAAUAUGAAUGUGAUUCUUGGGAAAAGGUGAGGAGGGGACCAUCUAGCUGCAGAAACAAAUCCUUCUGAGUCCUGAAUGUUGAAACCAACACUGGUUUUCUUUUGAAUUCUUUCCAUUUGCUACAAGAAGUUAGCAAAUACACUACAAAUUCUGUAAGGUGACCACCAGACCAACACAACCAGCCAUGCUGUGCCCUUCAGGACACAGCUCCCAGCUAAUUUGAGGAAGCACAUGAGUUUUUUUGGGGUAAAAUGUAGCUGUAAUACAACCUGGAUGCUUUUUUUCUCACAGUAUUUCUUGUCCAUAUAGUUCUUUUUGCUUUCCUCUCACACAUUCUGCAGAGAUGCCUGUGUGCUUUAAAUGGCUAAACUCUGGUUUGUGGUGUGUCACCCAGAAUUUUCGAGCUCCUCAAGCAUUCUACUGUUGUGUGUAGAACUUCUGAGAAAAGGAUCUUUCUGUUACUUGACAAAGAUCUCACUAUUACUUGAAAAAAAAAUCACUAAUCCACAUGACACAGUUUUUUUGCAACAGUAACAUGAGAUCUUCAACUAUAAACAAAAGCAAUAAUUUUGUUCCUCAUCUCUGUCAGUUGUGUCUGACUGACCUGGAUUUUACCCACGAGCUUUGGGAUCUUGCUGGCUUUCCUUGGCUGCAAUUAUGGAACCAAAUCAUUACUGCUGUGGAAAUGAAUAUGUAUAUAUGUGUAGGUAUAUCACACACAUAUGUACUGAACACACAGUGUAUUAGGGAAAUCUUUAUAUGCUCCUGAUCUCCUGCUUAAUAGAGAGAAGAUGUGGCAAUUAAAAAAAAACAUUUAGUGAGGAAUUGUCUAAGUUGGAGGCAAAUCAUGAGUGUGAAAAAGCAUUUGGGCCCGAGAGGGGAGAAAGCAGCUGGUUCCUGUGCAGAAACAUUUGCUGCAGGCAAAGCAGCCAGCACAGCACAGUGGUUUUCUGAGUCACUGUGGUGAGAAAUACAGGAGAAACCCCCCAGAUCAGUGGCAGGGGUUGAGAGCACGACCCCGAGUUAAUGAUCUCCAGUGUUGGAUGGGAACUGAGCCUAAAUUUAGAACCUGGACUUGCUGCUUUGGGAGCCCUUCCCUGGGUGCAGUGUGGUGUUUACACAGAGCACAGCUUCCCACUGCCACAGACACCUUCUCCUUUGCCAGUUUUCAGUAUUUCCAUAGAUAAAACACCUCUGUUGGGGGGAGGAUCCCUGUGCCCUGGGAGGAGGCACUUGUGGCCAUGGCAGGGAGGUUCCUUGGGGCUUUGAGCCUCAUCCCAUGGGACAGCAGAGCUCUGGGCUGCUCUGAGUGACCCCACACACCGUGGCAGGUGUUUGGACUAGAACAGAGGUUUGGACAGACCUUUUAGCAGCCUUUUAAAUUGUGAUCCUAUAGGCUGUUGUUCCUAAUCCAGUGGAGCAGGCUGUGCACAAACAGCAGAGGGACAGAGGCAGCCAGAGCUAAAUGGGCAGUGACUCUUUUGGAAGCACAUUUAUUACUUUUUUAACUAAGUGUCCACAGGAGAUUUUUUUUUUCCUCUUGCUGAGAGAAACUGUAAAAAUGGAUGGGCAGGUGGAUUUUGGCCCAUGUAUCCCUUCCAAUUCAAAAGUGAGGCUUUUGUAUACACUGCUUUAACGAGUUUCUUUGCUUUUACAUUAAUCUAACUGGUAUUAUCCCCUUUAUUGAUAGCUCUAGAGAGAGAGAUACUAUGAUGAAGUCUAAUAGGAAAUGCACUGAGUACUGUUUCUUCUGAAAUAUAAUAUGGGAAGGGGGUAUGCAAAAGAAUGUAUUUUUGCUAGUAGCCUAACUUCUGAGAGAGACUAAGCACAAGGGAUUAAAAUGGAUCCAACUAAUUCAGUAAGACAUUUAGAGUUAGUAUUUAACUGUUGAUGUAGAUUCUGUGUGGAAGCAACUAAAUAUUUCUUCUCUAACUCACAUCAGUCCUAAGCAGACAUUGUUGCAGAGUUUGUCACUGGCUAAUGGAGUAUAAUGAAGUGCAAAAUGUAUAACACUAGUAUUAAUUCAUUAACACUUGUAAAUUUGUAAAGCCAAAUGUACCAAGCUGAAGUCUUUAAUCAUUUUUAUAGCUGAUGGCAUUAAACAUGUUAAACAUUCGUAUUAUCAAUAAAGGAUUUUAUUUUUAA